AUGCAGUUCAUGUCGAUGCGUUACCCCCAUCCGGAAACCAUCAGGGAGCUGGGAAUAGAGGAGGAUGUAAACGAUAUUCUCUACUACACCGAGCUCGGAGAGUUCACGAAGCUAGCCCUCUCGGCGUACAGAGAACCAGCGAUAGAGUUUCUCGCAUCCUUGAAGCUCAAGAAGCAUCCUCAAGAAGCAGUCGCUGAGCUCAAGAGAGAUGGGAUCGGAUACAUCACCUUCACGCUCUUGGGACAAGAGCAUCUGUUCAGCAUGUUGAAGAUGGAGACCAUUUACAAGUUAGAAGAGGAUCGGGGCCUUGACACCAAGAUGUAUGUGCCAGCAACAGAGCUCCAUGCCCUUUGGAGGAUGAUAAGCUCAAGAUUCUAUCAGAUUUCCAAGAACAAGAGCGGUCACAUCAAGAACCCAGCCAUACGCUACGCUCACAAGAAGCUUGAAACUCUGGAUGACGGGGAAGAAAUAAAAGGAGACUUGAGGCAGACAAGCAAAGCAGUUGUGAUGGUGAACUCCUUCAUGCAUGUCAUGAGGAAUGCUGAGCUGUCCUAUGAACAAGGCAAGAUCAAGGAGGCACACUUAGUGAUUGGCAGCCUGAUCACUCCGAUCCUCCUUGCCACAAAAGUCAAGCUCCCUGCUCCUUCUCACCCGCCUACGUUUAUGGACCUCGCCUAUCUGAACAAGACUUGGUUUCUGCGUGGAAUGCACGACGGCAAGCAUGUGUAUCGCUUUGAGCAUCCCACAUUCGGCAUCUCAAAAGUUCUAUUACCAAACGUUGAGCUCACAAACACCAACACCCGGGAAGGAAUCCUGUUUCUCCCGACUGCGGAUCAACUGUUUAUGGAUGGAGGCGACGCAACGGUUGAGGAAGAACAAGGGGGAGAAGAAGGUGAAACUUCGGAGAGACGACCAAGUGAGCUUGGCGAGUUUGACUUCAUCCCUUACAACGCGAGUGGAAGCGUUCCGGCAAUCAUCAAGGCGCACGAGCACAUUGGCAUGCUUCAAAAGUGGUGCAAGAAACAAGAUGAGGUGAUCAAGAAGCUCACCGAGACGGUCAACGUCCUCAAGGAGAAACUCUCUUGCAAGUCACCUAAAGCACCCAAGGCCGCUGAUAUACCUCUAUUUUACCUACUUUUUAUGCUAUUUUACUAUGGUUUUCUAGUGGAUUCUUGUGUUAAAAGCGCCCGAACGCGCAGUCCGGCUGGCCGAGGAACGAAUGUUCCGCGCUCGGCCAAAACCGUCCGUCCGACUGAAGUCUCGGCCAAAGUCCAAAACCACUCGGCCGAUCACGCAUCACGACCCGGGAAACUCAAGCCCGCGGUCGGCCACGCCACAACCGCCGCGCCACAACCGCGCACGACCAAAGCGCGCGAGCCGGGAAGUAACGCCUCGCGGCCGCGCAACUCACUCACGUACCACGCCGAUGCUUCCGUCCGAGCCGGGAAACUAUCCCGCGUCCGGCCGAGAAACCAUCGGCCAAAUUCUAUCCGUCCGACCACGCCGGCCGACCGUCAUAACAUCCGGCCCCGACCGUUCCGACUCGGCCAAAGACCCGACUGUCCGGCCGACCGUCCCGACGACCGUCCGAACGCCGCGGUCGACCCGAAGCCGUUUUUGAAGCCCAAUCCGCACAAUUCAAGCCCAAAGCCGGCGCCGACCUAG